GCGGAGGAGGCCGCGCCGGCGCCAGCCGCCGAGCCCACGGCAGAGGAGGCGGCGCCCGCGCCAGCAGCCGAGCCGCCCGCGGACGAGGCGGCGCCUGCGCCAGCCGAGCCGCCUGCAGAGGAGGCCGCGCCGGCGCCAGCAGCCGAGCCGACCGACGAGGCGGCACCGGCGCCAGCAGCCGAGCCGACCGACGAGGCGGCACCGGCACCUGCAGCCGAGCCGACCGACGAGGCCGCGCCGGCGCCAGCCGCUGAGCCCACCGCAGAGGAGGCGGCGCCGGCGCCAGCAGCCGAGCCGACGGCAGAGGAGGCCGCGCCCGCGCCUGCAGCCGAGCCGCCCGCUGACGAGGCGGCGCCUGCGCCAGCCGAGCCGCCCGCAGAGGAGGCGGCGCCGGCGCCAGCAGCCGAGCCGACCGACGAGGCCGCGCCGGCGCCGGCAGCUGAGCCGACCGACGAGGCCGCGCCGGCGCCAGCCGCUGAGCCUGCCGCGGAGGAGGCCGCGCCCGCGCCUGCAGCCGAGCCGCCCGCUGACGAGGCGGCGCCUGCGCCAGCCGAGCCGCCCGCAGAGGAGGCGGCGCCGGCGCCAGCAGCAGAGCCUGCCGCGGACGAGGCGGCGCCCGCGCCUGCAGCCGAGCCGCCCGCUGACGAGGCCGCGCCGGCGCCGGCAGCCGAGCCGCCUGCGGAGGACGCCGUGGCGCCAGCAGCGGAGCCCACCGCGGAGGAGGCUGCGCCCGCGCCGGCAGUCGAGCCGACCGACGAGGCCGCGCCGGCGCCAGCAGCGGAACCGACCGCCGAUGCAGAAACGACCACGCCCGCGCCCGCCGCGGAAGACGCCGCGCCGGCUCCGGCGGCCGAGGCCACUGCCGUGGACCCACCGGCGGCCGCCGCGGAGCCGCUUGCGCCUGAAACAGACGCUCAAGCCCCGGCCCCCGCGGCGGAGGCCGUGGACGCGGCCGCGCCUACGGCCGAGGCGGCGCCCGCCGCAGAAGAGGCCGAGCAACCCGCAGCCGCCGCGGAGCCGCCGGUGCCGGCAAUAGACGCACAAGCCCCAGCGCCCUCAGCAGAGGCGGAUACGCCCUCGCCUACGUCCGUGGCGGCACCGACGGUCCCGGCCGCCGAAGAGGCGGAGCUGGCGCCGGCGGCCGAGACAGCCGACGCCGCGCCGCCGACGCCGGCACCAGACACUCAAGCCCCAGCCCCGGCGGCAGAAGCGGACGCAGCCGAGACCGCCGGUGACGAGCAACCCACAGCCGCAACGCCGCCGGCACCAGCCGCCGAGGAGACCGCGGAACCUACGGCCGAGCCUGCCGCGGAGCCUACGGCCGAG